UCAGUUCACCGGCAACCGCGGCGUGGUACGCUUGUUACAGCGCAUAAAAAUACCACAAUAACAUUGAAAUAAAUAUAGUAAAUUUAUAUGCAGUGAAGUGUUAGCUUGUUAUUACUUAUCACCAUAAUUAAAACCAAACUGUGUUCUAUUCAGCAGUGUUUGGAACUCUUAAGGUGUGUACCGGCAUUUUUUAAGGAAUUUACAAUCGCGAUUCAGGAUUGGCUGAUUUCAGCGGUGAAUAUUUACUAAAGUGCAUUUCGGUGGACACGAUGGUGCAGCGCGUAGCAACAGACGAGCGGCCGUUUGAGACACCUUCUUCAGAUGAGAGUGGCCUGGGCCGAGACACACCCGAUGAUGAUUCCGAGCCUGAAGCUGCUUUGGUGGUACCACCGGAUGGAGGUUGGGGCUGGAUGGUAGUGGUGGCCUCUUUCAUGUGCAACUUCCUCGUCGACGGCAUCAUCAUGAGCGGGGGGACGCUACUCAAGCCCAUUCAAAACGAAUUUCAUGCUAGUGAGAGUCAGGUUGCUCUUGUGAACUCAUUGCUCGCCGGCUUCUAUCUACUGGCUGGUCCAUUUGUAUCUGCUUUGGCGAACAAGUACGGUUUCCGCAUCGUCACCAUUGUGGGUAGUUUGAUAUCGAGUGCUGCGUUCGCCCUGUCCUACUUUGCGGGCAGUGUGGAGUAUUUGUACCUUGUAUACGGUGUCAUGGGAGGUAUCGGAUUCUGUAUGAUCUACAUGCCGGCAGUUUUGACAGUUGGGUUUUACUUUGAGAAGUGGCGCGCUCUCGCCACAGGACUGGCGUUAUGCGGCUCCGGAGUCGGGACUUUUGCCUUUUCUCCUCUCAAUAGCGUGCUCAUUGGACACUUAGAUUGGAGAGGCACUCUUCUGGUGUAUGCAGGUAUCGUAUUACUGUGUGUGGUGUUUGGGGCCAUGUUUAGGCCCAUUAAGCCGGUCAGAGUGACCUUGGCAGAGGGCGAAGAAGACGCAUCUAGACGCCACGAGGAAGCCGUGGAAAAAUUAAACUCAAUGCUCAAACUUCACAGCAAGCUCGACUCCGGUAUAUCGUUGCCACCAGAAAUGAAAUUUACCAACAAAGUCAGUCCGCACACAUGGAUGGGCGUCCCGGGUAAUACAAGAUACCCGACGGCGGAAGAAAUAUUUCGUGGGAGCAAUUCUCAUCUAAGCAGACGUUCGUCCACGACCGCGGGAACUAUUAAGAAUAAUAUGAAUAAGCCGCUAUUCAUCGCCGUGCCGGUCGCUGAGAAAGACGAACAGGAAGACUCAAAUAGCAACAUUGACAAUGCUGAACCAUUGAUAGCGAGCUCGGUCAAAGUUGUGACCCGGGAGUCUCGCUCGCGACGAUCCCACGCCGAUUUAGUUGCAAGGCCGUUCUAUCGCGACGACAUCUUCUUCGAAGGAAGCCUCGCGAGAUUACCGCAGUACACAUCACGAACAUCUCUAGGUUACCACUUGGCUGUGACCCACAUUCCCGCGCAAGAAGAGACUCAAGAAGAACAGUCUGGAAAAUGUAAAUUAUGCCCAGAAGCUGUGAAGCGAGCCCUCGCUACCAUGUUAGAUGUGAGCCUUUUCAAAUCGCCGACUUUUAUUCUUCUUGCAGUGAGUGGAUUUUUUACGAUGCUCGGAUUCUUUGUUCCAUUCUCGUACGUGAAACAGAGAGCGCAACAUGAGGGGAUGGAUAAAGCGACGAGCGUGUGGCUGGUGUCUGCGAUUGGUGUUGCCAAUAUCGUGGGUCGUAUCGCCUGCGGGCUGGUGUCAUCGAUGCCCAAAGUGUCUCCGCUGUGGUUGAACAACAUCGCGUUAUCAGCGGGCGGUAUUGCGACAAUGAUAAGCGGAGUUUGUUUUGACACCACGUUCCAGUUUGUCUACUGCGCGGUUUUCGGUCUCUCCAUCGCAUGUUUCGCCUCCCUCCGGUCAAUUUUGGUCGUGGAAUAUAUUGGACUGGAACAACUGACGAAUUGUUUUGGAUUGUUCCUGUUAUUCCAAGGGUUAGGAGCUUUACUGGGUGCACCUAUUGCUGGCGCUCUCAUGGACAUUACUCAAAGUUACGAGAUCUCAUUCUAUGUAUCCGGUGGGUUCAUUCUCCUGUCGGCCGUCAUUUGCUAUCCAGUUGAUUACGUCAGCAGAUGGGAGAAAUCAAGGAACAAAUUAACUGCAACGCCCAAAGUUUGAAAAAAAUAGAGUCGCACCUAUAAACUUCGUUGGUUGGUCGUAAAUGAACGUCAGUGCCACGGAGUAGAAAUAAAUGGAGCCGCCGCUCAUCCCAGACUACGUUGUCUAUGAUUGAUUUAUGAUCUAGAUCCCAUUUAUUGUACAGAUAAUUAAUUAUCUAGGUAUGAAAGAGACUCUUAGGUGAUCACAGGAUAACACAAUUGUAGUAAACGUUUAUGGUUACCUGGGUGUGACAAAUUUGACGAAUCUUAACGUUAUGUAGUUUUAACCCUGGACAGAAUCGAAUUAUUACUAAUAAAAUUGUCACUGCCUUAAACUUCCAUAUUUUCAAGACUAGUGCUAGCAUUUCCCAUUGAAUCCUUCCAUGGUUUUAUACUUAAUGUAAUAUUUUCUAUUUUUGACAAAGAUGUAUUUUUUAUAUCAAACAGGGGGCAAAAGAAAGGAGGCUCACGUUAAAUCUCUGUGGACAUCUGCAAUGCCAGAGUACAAGAGAUCGUUUUCAGCUUUUGAGAUUGUAUUCUCUCAGCUUAUAGGUGCAUUAUUUGUAUUGGUUUGGGAACGCUGUUGAAGUGAAGAAGGGCAGUUGAAGCCACAAAGCGUCGGUGCAGGCAUUACAAAAUAAUUAAUAUACAUUAACAAUGUAUAUAUAUUAUAUUAACAAUAAUUAAAAAAUAGGAAAUCCAUAUUUUUUGUACUUAGUAUUCAAUGUUUAAAUUGUCUUGUCAAGUUAAAAAAAAAGACAGCUGAUCGACUCAGUGUCAAGGAAGACAAGGAAGAGUACUUACUACUUCAUAUUUCAAUCUUAGGCAAAGAUCUUAGGUACUAUAUGGAACUUCAAAGAAAUGCUUUCUCGUUCCCACGAAUAUCUAAUUCAAUAACUUUAUCAAGUGGUUCGAGUUAGUUUUUACCGUCUCCGUUGCGAACAUUGGAAAUAUUCAGAGAUUUAUUAUUUAUGAUACCUACAUUUCCUUUGCCCCUUGUUCUCGAUCAAUUUAACAGAAAUCCUAUGUCUGUUGAAAUAUGUAGACCGUACUUACAAGCGCAGGUCGCAUACAUUGGAUAAGUUCUAGUUUUGUAAAUUAUAUACCCUUUUUUGUAAUGUAAUAUAUUCACGCCAAAUCAUAAUAGUUAUUAUAUAUAUUUUUUUUUUACUUAGGCGUAAAAAUUUUUUCAACUAUUAAUCCGUACUUAAUCGGAAUCUAUUUAACGUACCAAGUAUUUGUGUGAAAGAUUUAUUUUCACAUAACUACCAACAGCAGAGAUUAUUGUUUCGUUAUGUCAGACUGCCUAUUUGUAUUAUGCUGUUGUCAAUUUUACAAUACGAAUUAUGUCAUAUCGAAUUUAUAUUUGCUGAAUGUAAUUUAUGCUAGGUAUUAGUAAAUUAUAUAAAAUAAGUGCCACAAUGCAUCGAAUUAUCAACUAAAAAUAUUUGAUAACCCUCGAAUAAUAAAUGUUCUAAUAAAACAAGUAAUAGGUACCUACCCGCAAUGAAUUGAUAUAAAAUAUACAAGUUAACUACCUAUAAUGUAAAUUCUAAGCCAAAUGAAAGUUUAGGGAAUAGCUAUUUUAUUAUGAUAAUAUGUAUAGGAAUACCUAUAACAUACGAAAAAGCUAUUCUAUCUGGCAUACCUAUAGUUUAAAUUGUAGUUACUUUUACAAGACUAACAGUCGCGUUAUUUAAAGUGAUUGAUGAUAAAUAAAUAAAGUGUGUUGCCUGCCUUAUUUAAAAACAAUCUGUUUAUCUGUAGAGUCCUAAUAUUGUCGGUACUCGGUGCCUUAUAUCAUAAUUUACGUGACUUUUAUAAUUCUCGGGAAUUAAAAUGCAUUUAAUAUAGGUUAGUUUUAAAAGUACAAAGACUCGAAAUACAAAAUUAUUUAGUAAUUACUUAUCAAUAUGAUCUGAAUUUUGUAGUUUCUUUAAAAAGUUUAAUAAAUAUAUAUACUACAUGAGGUAACUAAUUAUAUAACGAAAAACGAAUAAGAUUUAAGAUACAUUUAACUGUUAAAACCAUUUAAUUAUUCAGUGUUUGGGUAUAAAAAAAAGUUACUGUUAAUUAUAAAUAUAAAUUUUUGUCCUCCAAUAGAAUAAACAACAUUGUUCCACUUAAAAAAAGCUUUAACCAAUCAAGAUUAUUGAUAGACCUCGCGCCCUACCGCUAGAUGUCGCGCUAUGAUAUAACAAUAGCUCCGUAGAUGUAACAGUUUAAUAUAUUGUCAUACGUCAAUCUUAUUUGCGGGUCUUGUAGUAUUUUUAUAAAAUUUGAUGUCGCAAACUGGUAAACCCUAGUAAACUUCAGAUUGUUACUAUGUAUCUCUUAGUUACUUAGAAUAACUCGGACCGCCCACCUUGUUAAUUAGUUGCUCCGAGACUGGCUCAAGUAGGCGUAGUUUUCAAAUAUAACUAAAAGUACUCUAUGAGCGUAGUAUUGUUGCUGCAAUUUACUAGUAGAGACCUAUCAAUAAUCUAAAUGACUAACAUUGUUUUAGCAAUAAAUAUGAAUAUUAGAUAAAUAUCGCCAAAUAAUCCAUCCAUUUCAUACGUUUUAACCUUAUUUUCCUUUAUCCUACAAGAUCCUACAUAACUAUGUUCAAAAAAAAUAUUUUUGACAAUUCUAAUAUUUAUUAUUAUGAUGAAUGAAUGAUAUAUUAUUUUAUACACGUAUAUAUAUAUAUAUAUAUAAAUUUUAUAGUGUUAGUGAAUGCUUGUGCCUUAUUUUUAAGUGCCUUGUGCCUUAUACAUAAUAUAGGUAUUGAGAAAAAAAAAGCUAAAUGUUUGCAUGUGUGAUUCCUUUUUGGGAAUAAAAAUUUCCAAUUGUGUAACGCCAAUUGUACUUUAUAUAUAAUUAGAUAUAGUUAAAUUAUAGGUAUUAUAACAACUCGUAGGUUAAGAUGUCGACUGUGGCUGUGCUCUUUAUUAUUAUUAAGAUGUAUUGUAGAUAAGAAAUCAUAGUCAUUUAAUUACCUACAUUAUCAUCACCUUAUAUUUCUGACGAAUCAUUUCUUGUUUUGUUUUUUUUCAUCUUGCAUUUAGAAUCGUCCCGAUUUUUCUAUUCUGACUUAUAAAUCAAAAUCUUUUUUUUUCUACGCGUUGCUUAACAAAUCAUCCUGUAGUUGUACCUACUGUUAUUAAAGUUAGCAUAUCAAUGUGGUUUUUUAAUGAAGAAAGUUUUAAUGUUCUCCACUUUAUCGAAUGUUAACAUUAAUUUUAAUUAAUCCGGUGUACCAAAGUGCCAAUCAAACACGUAAAAUAUUCUUCGAUAACGCAUUUUGCUUUAACUUGAUACAAGAUGGCAUUGCAAUGAAUCAACUAGUACCAGGUAAAAAGUUUCUAUUAUGAACAUUCAUGACACAUGACACAUGACACAUGUCAAGGGGAAGUAUUGCCGCCUUUAACUAGUUUCAUAUUAUAUCAAUAUACGUACCUUUUAUGAAGUUUUUCAAAGGGCUUCACGCAAUUUGGGGCCUAUACCUAAUAGAUAUUAUAAUAUUACCUGCUCAUAACAGUACCAAAAAUGUGAGAAUAAAAGAAUAUACCUAGCUUAUUAUCAAUUAUAUUUUCUUACUAUAUUCCUGUUAAUUGUUUGAAGAAUAUAAAAAUUCUCAAGUAAUUAUUUUAAAUAGAUAAUGAGAUUGACUCAGUGUCAGUAUAAUUAUCUCAAUCUAAUCGAUAUUUGAUAGACCUACUGUCUGUCUACACUACAAAAGUAAAAAUUAAUAAUACUUAAAUGUAUCUAUCUACUCACGAUUUUCUUUUGUCUAUAUGGCGGGGGAUAUUAUAAUAUCUGAGAACAUAAUUAUCGAACAAAUGUUUCGGAAAGUUUAGGCUCUGUAUAUAUAUAUAAUAAUAAUAAGACCUACCGUAAUAGGUUAUAACAAUAUAUAAGUUAAUAAAUAAUAAAUUUUUAAGAAAUCUGCAGAUCCUGACCUUAGGCCGCUCCUCCACGAGCGAGUGGUAUUAUUGUCGUGUCAUGAAUCGUGUUUGACACUCACAUAGAACGUGCUUCCACAUGGCGAUGUUAUUGCGGCAACACAGGUUAAGCGGUCUAUUAUUAAAAUAUUGAACACUCCAUUUUCUGUUUCAAACGCAAAUAAAAAAAAGUUCCGUAGAAACACUUGCGUUACUAAUAGAUCGAUUAGAUUCGAUAGCGACUCGCUCCCAUUCGCUUAUUAUAGCCUAGAUACAUGGUCACAUUUUGUACGGCCUUACCAUGGGACUGUCGGAUAGGCGGGCGUGGCCACCUCGCUGCUCGCACCAAUUGGUCAUUGGUAAAAAAAUAAUUUUGUGUGAUGGACAAUGUGACAUACCACCGAAUAUGGUCCGGUACCGGACAGAGUCUGAUGGUUUGGCCGGACCAAAUCAGACCAUGCAUUAGGCUAUUAGGAGAUAAUCAACGCGGCAAUUUCCACUACGAUCGAUCCUGCGCUGCCCUCAUCCAACGUAUUCCGGCGAUCUUGACCAGAUCGUCGGUCCAUCUUGUGGGGGGCCUACCAGCACUGCGUCUUCCGGUACGUGGUCGAUAUUUUACUGCCCCAACGGCCAUCUGUCCAUCGAACUAUUACCUGACGAUAUUAAGGCGGCCUCGUCGCGAUGCAUUGGCUCGUGGAUGUGGCGCUAUAUUAUAAUCAGUUUUCGACGAAGAGGAAUAGCGCGCAGCACGCAUACAUAGAUCUGAAAAUGUCAUUCAGUUUAUAUAAAUGUAGGAAAAGUGGGAAACAAAUUGUUAUGGAAGUGGUUGACAAACCAGCUUGUGAUUCACUGUUCUGCAAGUGCUCACCGCUGUUCAAACUACCAAAGGAAUUACAUUAUUAUCAUCACAUCAGGUUCAUAUCAACCUAAAAUAUACCAAGAAAAAAAGUUCAUCCCGUAAUGUGGUUUUAAGAAAGUGCCUUGCACCUCAUAUAGAGGGACGUUGAUGAUGGGGAUAGUACUUAAGUUAAAGACAUAUUGUGUGAUGCCGGAAGUAAGUGGCAAGCAGUCGCUAAACACGCAUAAUGAUACGGCGUCUCUACUAAGUUAAUAAUAUAUUCUUUGAUGUUUACGUGACGCCAAGCGAUCGAGACAUUUGUACAUUUAUUGGAUUUGGUUGCAUUUUAAAAUUAAGUUGAAUUAGGUACGUUACUUUUUCCAAAUAUAGGCAUAGAUUUACUGACUUCAGAUGGUCGUACUUAGUCGGUGAAAAGAAUUACCUAGUUAAAAUUCUUAAGGAACCUUUAGCGUUGAUAACCAAUUAUAACAUGUGAUAGGUACGAUAUGAUUUUUUUCCUGUUAAACCAAAGCACCUAUAACUUAUGGUUUUUCACGAAAUCAUAACGGUUAAUACUAAAAUUAUUAUGAAUGCGUUUCCCUAAUUCAUUUGUCUUUUUGUUUUGAGAUACGUAAGUACUAAUUGUUUGGUUUUUCAUUGUAAUUUUAUAAUCAAAUCGUCAAUAAUCAAUUCGUAUUCUUUUUCGAACUGGAUUAGCGGUUUCAAGAUAGAUAUAUGUUAUUGCAUGGCCUUAUCCCUAUGACUAUGAUUUUUUAAGUGGAAUAAUAGUAUUGUGUAUGCCACAGUGCCAUAAAGAAUUUUUACGAAGCAGUUUACUUUGUAUGGUUCACAUAAUAUUUGUAUUGCAAAAAUAUAUGAAUUUACUAUAUUUUAAAUCAAAUAAAUGAUUUGUUGAUUGCUAUACUUUAA